CGUUAAACAAAAAGAAAACCCGAGCCCAUGGUCCGUCCUCCCAAAGUCUAAAAUCCAAAAUUCCACACUCUGUUGAAGAGGAAGUGUGAUUAUGCAAAACCGCUUCAAAAAUGGUGAACUUCUUGCUUAAGAUCAAAGCGGAGCUCGAGAACCUCACCAAUCUUCAGCCUCAAGAUGGUUGCGACGACCCAAACUUCACUUACCUUUUCAAAGUGAAAUGCGGGAGAUGCGGGGAGGUGAGCCAGAAAGAAACGUGCGUGACCUUGAAUGAAACUAUUCCUCUCCAAGCUGGUAAAGGGACUACUAAUCUCGUUCAAAAGUGCAAGUUCUGUGGGAGGGAGGGAACUAUCACAAUGAUUCCAGGGCGAGGUCAACCAUUGACUCAGGAAACAAGUGAAUUAGGAAAGUCAUCUCCCUUGAUGUUAUUUGACUGCAGAGGUUAUGAGCCUAUGGACUUCGUAUUUGGACCUGGAUGGAAAGCAGAAUCUAUAGAAGGGACUAAAUUUGAGGAUAUUGACUUGAGUGAAGGUGAGUUUGCAGAGUAUGAUGAGAAGGGAGAAUGCCCUGUCAUGAUUUCCAAAUUAGAGGCCACAUUUGAGUUGGUAAAGUAGGAGAUAAUAAUACCCACAUUAUAUCUCCCACUGUUAAGAAAAAAAAAAAUGACCAUAUUAAAUGUGGCCCUGAUCUAUCAGUUCUCUUCACCUUUCUUUUUUCUGAACUAAGAAUGAAGUUUGAGGAGUUGAAUGAAUGGUCAUUAUUUGCUUCCUUUUGUUGGUA